ACAAAUAUAACUUGUUCCCAAAGCCAGCUUCUGAUAAAAAUCGCCUCCGAUCUCUCUCAACCUUGAUUUCGCCCCCGAUCUCUCACCGGAAAACCCUCCUGCACAGCCAUGGGACAGGGGACUCCGGGAGGCCUCAGCCGCCAGUCCGGCGACCGCAAGCAGGACGGCGCCGACAAGAAGGAGAAGAAGUUCGAGCCGGCCGCCCCGCCGUCGCGUGUCGGCCGGAAGCAGCGGAAGCAGAAGGGGCCGGAGGCCGCCGCGAGGCUCCCGACCGUCACCCCGCUGACCAAGUGCAAGCUCCGGCUGCUGAAGCUGGAGCGGAUCAAGGACUACCUGCUCAUGGAGGAGGAGUUCGUCACGAACCAGGAGCGGCUCAAGCCGCAGGAGGAGAAGGCCGAGGAGGACCGGUCGAAGGUCGACGAUCUUAGGGGGUCGCCGAUGAGCGUGGGAAAUCUGGAGGAGUUGAUCGACGAGAACCACGCGAUCGUUUCGUCGUCGGUGGGGCCGGAGUACUACGUGAGUAUCUUGAGUUUCGUGGAUAAGGACCAGCUGGAGCCUGGAUGCGCCAUUCUGAUGCAUAAUAAGGUGCUUUCUGUGGUUGGGCUUCUUCAAGAUGAAGUUGAUCCCAUGGUGUCUGUAAUGAAGGUUGAAAAGGCUCCUUUGGAGUCUUAUGCAGAUAUAGGUGGUUUGGAUGCUCAGAUUCAAGAGAUAAAGGAAGCUGUUGAGCUCCCUCUUACCCAUCCUGAGCUUUAUGAAGACAUUGGUAUUAAGCCUCCAAAGGGAGUUAUACUAUAUGGAGAACCUGGGACUGGGAAAACUUUACUGGCAAAGGCUGUUGCAAACUCAACAUCAGCGACGUUCUUGCGUGUUGUUGGGAGUGAGUUGAUUCAAAAGUACUUGGGUGACGGUCCAAAACUAGUGAGGGAGCUUUUUAGAGUUGCUGAUGAGCUAUCACCUUCGAUUGUCUUUAUUGAUGAAAUUGAUGCAGUUGGUACAAAGAGGUAUGAUGCGCACUCUGGUGGUGAACGUGAAAUUCAGAGGACUAUGUUGGAAUUGUUGAACCAGUUGGAUGGUUUUGAUUCUAGAGGAGAUGUUAAAGUAAUUUUAGCGACAAACAGAAUUGAGAGUCUAGAUCCAGCUUUGCUGCGUCCUGGUCGUAUAGAUCGGAAAAUCGAAUUCCCUUUGCCUGAUAUCAAGACCAGAAGACGUAUUUUCCAGAUACACACAUCAAGAAUGACCUUGGCUGAUGAUGUCAACUUGGAAGAAUUUGUGAUGACCAAGGAUGAGUUCUCUGGUGCUGAUAUAAAGGCAAUUUGUACUGAAGCUGGUUUGCUUGCUUUAAGAGAGCGUCGUAUGAAGGUGACACAUGCGGACUUCAAGAAGGCGAAGGAGAAGGUUAUGUUCAAGAAGAAAGAAGGGGUUCCGGAAGGACUUUACAUGUGAUAAUCUGAGUUCGCUUAUUUCUGGGAUCGAUAAUGCUGUAAUUUAUACCGUUUGUUUCAAGUUUAGCCCUCAGAUGAUGAACGGUCCUUUUGUUUGUAAUGUGCCCUCUUUUUCCGGAGAAAAAACCAUUUUAUCAAUGUUUUCUUCCUUA